AUGAAAUCAUUUACCCUAAUCUACUACAUUGUUCCAUAAGACAACGAUGAUGUCGAAAUACCGAAUGCAUUCGGGUAAUUUCUAUAUUGAUAGCAAGAAUAGGUAAACCAAUUGAUCAAGUCACCCUUAAGGAUGUUAAGAGUAGUUUUCCUCUUUAAGGAGAAUAUAUCUUCAGAUUUAGAUAUAAAACAAGUCAUAACACAGUCUGGCUUGAUUUACCUACAGACACAUCUUAGAUUCCGUUAUUCAAUAAUCGCAUCUUGAUCAAAGCAACAAGAAUUAGUUGGGAAACUUAAAAUAAUUAAAGUCAAUCUGCUUAGGUAUCAUAACAACCUAAUGCUCCUGCGCCAUAACAUAUUUAAAACCAGACAGUGAAUUAAUAGGCUUUUGCAUAAUUUUAAUAGCCGCAACAGAAUCAAUAGCAACCAUAAUAGUAAUAAUCAUCGUCUUAAAACUAAAAUUUAAUUGAUUUUUGA